AAACAAUAUGUAGUUAAUUUGUUUACAUUCUUCUCGUAGACGAAUUUCGUUUAAACUACACAAAUAUAGUGAAACAUUUCGGAAAAUGACGACUUCGGAACAAAUAGGACUGAACAAAACUUGGGAACUUUCCCUUUACGAGUUGCAUCGCACCCCACAAGAAGCGAUCACUGAUAACACAGAGAUCGCUGUCUCUCCAAGAAGUCUCCACAGUGAGCUUAUGUGCCCAAUAUGCUUGGAUAUGCUGAAAAAAACCAUGACCACCAAAGAAUGCCUGCACAGAUUCUGCUCGGAAUGCAUCAUCACAGCGUUGAGAUCUGGCAAUAAGGAGUGUCCCACUUGUAGAAAGAAACUUGUGUCAAAGAGGUCCUUGAGGCCUGAUCCUAAUUUUGACUUAUUGAUAUCCAAGAUAUAUCCCAGUCGGGAUGAAUAUGAAGCUCACCAGGAGCGUGUUUUAGCAAAACUCAAUAAAAGCCAUUCCAGGGAAGCUCUUGUGCAAUCAAUCAAAGAGGGAAUUAAAAUGCAGUCUCAGAAUAGGCCCAAUAGAGGGAGAAAAACAAAUGAUCCAAAUGUGGCUGAUAAUCAGGAUGAAAAUGCUCCUAUUGUACCUAAUAAUGCCAGUGAAAAUGUGCCACCCGUGCAACUCAACCCCGUUGCCCCCCAAGCGGCUGCCCCUGCCGCGCCCACCCCGCCGCCGCUGGCCACGCCCGCCCCUACCUUAGGGGCGGUCCCGGUCCCGCCCCCCGGCCACGCCCACCCGCCCAGUCCGUCUCCGUCUGGGCGCAGCACGCCCUCGCAGCCGCCCAGUCCGGUGUCGUCCAGCGUCAGCUCUGUUGCCAAGUCGUUCGGCAAACGGCCCAAAAGCGUACUGACAUCCGAGAGGAGCGAAGAGAGCGAAUCCAGCGAAAGGACGGAGCAAACUGAUACCGAGGGAGAGGGAAAUUCGGAGCCGAGGACUUUGAACGAAAUCGAAUUGGUCUUCAAGCCCCAUCCGACCGAAAUGUCGGGCGAGGAGGUGAAAGCUCUCAAAGAAAAUUCGAUAAGAUACAUUAAAACCACGGCCAAUGCGACCGUUGACCACCUCCACAAGUACCUCGCGAUGCGCCUCACCUUGGACCUCGUCGAUUCGCAACUGUCUUCGACUCACAGCCUGCUCAACUUUUGCAUCUACAUAUCGCCAAUGGCGGGACAGUAUGUCCAGCUCAACGGUAACCAAACUCUGGGACAAGUGAAUGACAAAUAUUGGAAGGUGAACAAACCAUUGGAAAUGUUCUAUUCCUGGAAAAAGACAUAGGGAAUGCGUAAGGGGCCCAAAAAGGCUCCCUAAAAGGGAUCGAUGUAAAGUAGAACAAUUAUUAUUGUUCAGGGGCGGAGAAUUGUAUAUCGGAAUAUUGAAAGUUUUACUGAAAAUUCGGACGGAAUCAUGAUUUUUUUCUCAUCUCUCAACUCGGAAUUAGUUAUACAGGGUGGAGCAUCAGUUCGUCGGAGCUCGAUUUCUCGAGUUUUAUGAUAACUGGAAACUUGAUUCAAAAACGAAUGUCAAUGAGACAACAAGGUCCGUAACUAAAAAUCAUUGCCGCAUAUACAUUACAUCUGUUAUUAAAACAUCAAAAGUCCAAUUAAUAAUUCAGUAGACUUAUUUUUUCAUUGAAAGAAUUGAUACCAGAAUCUAAGCAAACAGAAAUAGUUCAUAUGCUAGUUAUUCACAAAGUGAAAAAGAACAAAAUUCCCAUUUUGCAUAAUUGUAAAUUACUAUCCUGGUUUUGUUUUUAAUGUUCUAUGAAUUCAUGAGAUAUUUUGAAAAUGGAAAUUGUUCCUUUUUUGCUUUGUAAAUUACUAGCAUAUGAAUUAUUUCUGAUGUUUGCUUCAAUGCUGGUUUGAAUUCUUCCAAUGAAAAAACUAGUAUACUGAUUUAUUGAUUGGACUUUCGAUGUUUCAAGACUGUAUAUCGAUGAAAAUGGCCAACCUGGAAUGUUCAAAGUUCAAUAAUUCAAAAAUGUUUACGAAUAUCAAUAUGGAUGUUGAGAUAAAAGAUGUUCGUGUUUCGAUUUUACACCAAAUGGCCUAAAAAUAUAUGGGGUGUUUCAUUUGAAAAACUCAAGAAAAAUCACUUCGAAAAGUUCCGAAUUAAAAAAUCAUUUUCAGCCACCCUGUAUAAUUUGUGGGCAUAAAAAUUCUAUAGAAAUAUCACGCAUCUUUCCAGCAAAUGAUAUUAUGUUUAUUCUCUCUUAAGUUUUAUAAUUGUGAUUUUUUCGGCAUGGAUCUGCAGAUGACAUUAUUUCGACAAAAAAAUUAAUAACUUCGAAAAGAUCGAGAUAUAGUCAACAGUAUUAUAGGAGUGGAUGAAGAUCACAGGGAUGCUUCAAAAAAUGUGCUAAUAUAUUGGGCAUUCCAUUUAAAAAAAGUGAUCCUGACCCUCUAGAUUUUUUCCGGUAUAUGCGGCAAUAAUUUCUAGUUAUGGACCUUGUUGUCUCAUUCACAUUCGUUUUUUAAUCAAGUUUCUAACUAUCAUAGAACUCGAGCAGUCGAGCUCCGACUCACUAAUGCCCCACCCUGUAUAUUUAUUCAAAUUGAGUGUUUGUUAACUUUCAUAGUUUGCUUAGAAAUAUGAGAUGAUGUUCAAAUGAAGUGUUCAGUAGUUACCUAGACUUCGAAACAGAAAUAAUUAUGUAAUCAUGAAGACAAAUUAACUUUGUCUUAUUAUUCCAUGAACUUUAUGAAAUUUACAAACAUAUGCUUAAGAUAUAGUAGGUAGUCAUUAGAAGUCAAUGUUAUAGUGCCUAUUUAUAUUGCAAAAUAUAUGAAUGCU